AUGGCGGCAUCACCGAAGCUGGUUUGUCUAAUGUUAUUGACAGCCAUCAUAGUAGGGACUAAGAAUGUGAUGAGUGUGGAUGGUCAAGGAAGUGCAAGUUGGUGUGUGGCGAGGAGUGAUGCAAGCAACCAAGCACUACAAACAGCGUUGGAUUAUGCAUGUGGAGCUGGAGCUGAUUGUUUUCCUCUUCAACCAGAUGGACUCUGCUUUCUUCCAAACACCAUUCAAGCUCAUGCUUCCUAUGCCUUCAACAGCUUCUAUCAGCGCAAAAACAGAGCUCCUGGCUCCUGUGAUUUUUCUGGCACUGCCACCAUUGCCCAAAGCGAUCCCAGCUACGGAUCUUGUAUGUACCCAUCGGCAACAAGUACUGCUGGAGGACCAAAUACACCAAUCACAACGCCUACAAUGAACAACCCGAAUGUGCCAUCAUCAACCACAACAACACCAAUCUAUGGUGGAAUAACUCCAGGAAUGGGAACUCCAUUCCCUGACAAUUCUAGAGCAUCUUCAAUGGCCAUAGCCACCUCGUUUUUAGCUUUCUUUUUUUCUCUUCUCAUUAUGUCCAUUAUCUCUUAG